AUGAAAUAUUUCGUUUCAUUUGUUUUGUUUUGUCUCCUCUUGAAUGUUUUCGCAACCGCGCAAACUCUGAUUCAAGAUUCUUGCAAGAAAGCUGCGGCUAGAGACCCAAAUAUCAAAUACGAUUUCUGCGUCAAGUCUCUUGAAGAGGAUCCACAGAGCAAAACCGCAACUACUCUCGAGGGAUUGCUCGUAGCUUCAACCAAAAAUGCUGCAUCAAAAAUGGUAAGCUUGAAAGGAGUUGUUGACAACAUUCUCAAGAGCAAGAGUUACCCCAAAGGUAGUGAGAUACCGUUGCGUGAUUGCCUCGAGCUCUAUUCCGAUGGUAAUGGUGAUUUAAACACAGCUUUGACGAACGUUAAAUCGCGUGAUUAUGAAAGCGCUAACGUCAAUCUGAGUGCUGCUUUGACUGCACCGAGCACUUGCGAAACCGGAUUCAAAGAAGCAAAGCAACAGAAAUCUCCGCUUACAAAUGACAACAAUGUUUUGAUUCAGAAGAUUGUGAUUCCUUUAGCUUUUACAAAUAUGUUAUAA